CACUUAAAUGCCCAAUACGUAUUGGUAGGGGAUGAUUUUCGCUUUGGCCGCAAUCGCACGGGUGACUACGCCAUGCUGGACCAAGCGGGAGUAUCCUUGGGGUUUGACGUAGCCCGCAUGCAAAGCUACGAGGUGCAUGGCUUGCGCGUCUCUAGCUCAGAAGUGCGUCUGGCCUUACAGCAAGGCCGUAUGGCCGACGCUGCCGCCUUGUUGGGACGACCCUACAGUAUCUCGGGGCAUGUAUUGCACGGCGCCAAGUUGGGGCGCACACUUGGGCAAACCCCUGAGCGGCCUUUGGGCUUUUCCACGCUCAAUCUCGCCUUU